CGGCAGAUAUAGAGCGGCAUAUACUAAUCUUGCACACUUCCCCGCUCCACGGAUCGCCCUACCCCUCCCAUCUCCUCUCCCACGCGUUCGCCAAUGGCGACGGCACUGGUGAGCCGCGUGGAGUCCUGGGUGCGUGACCAGGCGGCGCGGCUGCCUCCCUGGGCGCCGCCGCUCCCCGUGCCGCGUUGGCCCUGGUCCCCGCCUCGGGCGCCCUCGUGGCCGGGUGACCGCCGGCGCCAGCGGGAGCGCAUGUUCCGUGAGGAGUUCGAGCGCCGCCGCAUCCAGCUCUGCGAGCUCUGCCGCGCCGUCCGCGUCGAUACCGUCGCCGAGCUUCAGGAGUUGCUCUGCGCCAUGGUCCUCGCCGAGUGCGUGUAUAAGAGGCCUGUUUCUGAGAUGAUGAGAUAUAUCAAUAAGUUUAAAUCUGAUUUUGGCGGAAGCAUUAUUUCUCUUGAGCGUGUUCAACCAUCCUUGGACCAUGUACCACAUCGAUAUCUGUUAGCAGAGGCUGGUGACACUCUAUUUGCUACAUUUAUUGGCACAAAUCAAUACAAAGAUAUUAUUGCUGAUGUGAAUAUACUCCAAGGAACCGUAUUUCAUGAGGAUAAUGCUCAGGAUUUGGCUGAUGCCAUUGACUCUGAGCAGAAGAGUGACCAAAAUGGCGAAGAAAACAUUGGGGUAUCUUGUCGAGAAAAGCCAAAACAGUUACUAAAAUCAAAACCGGCUGCACACCGAGGUUUUUUAGCUCGUGCUAAGGGAAUCCCAGCACUGGAACUAUACAAACUUGCUCAGAGAAAGAACAGGAAACUUGUUCUUUGCGGGCAUUCGCUUGGUGGAGCGGUAGCUGCUUUGGCUACUCUUGCAAUAUUAAGAGUACUAUCGUCGGCAUCUACAACUAAAGAGGCUAAUAGGCUUCAGGUGAAGUGCAUCACAUUUUCUCAACCACCUGUCGGGAAUGCAGCAUUAAGAGACUAUGUUCAUCGAAGAGGAUGGCAAGGUUACUUCAAAUCCUACUGUAUUCCAGAGGAUAUCGUGCCCCGCAUUCUGUCACCUGCGUACUUUCAUCACUACAAUGCCCAAACACCCGAAGCAUCUUUUGUAAAUACAACCAAUGUAAAAUGUGAAGAAAAUAAGGAGACAAGUACUGAAAGGGGCGAAGAUAACAAUGGGGAGCAACUUGUUCUUGGUGUUGGCCCUGUUCAAAAGUCACUCUGGAGACUUUCAAAGCUUGUUCCCUUGGAAGGAGUGCGGAAGAGUUUAAGCGUACUUCAAAAACAAGCAAAUAUUUUUGGAAAGGCAUCAACACAGUUGGAUAGCUAUUUGCAAUCAAAGGUUGAUGAAUCAGAAGAAGAGCCACGGUCUCUUGAAAUUCAAGAAGGUUCAGAAGGAAUUGCUCUUACCCCUCUAUCUGAUAAUCGUGGAGAGUCGGCUGAAGAAAACAUUCGAUCUGAGAAAAGUAAUACAUCUGAAGUUGGAGGUUCGCAGCGAUGGGGUAGAGUACCUUCUUUCCCUUCAUAUGUACCUUUUGGUGAGCUUUACCUGCUGGGUGAUUCAUCAGUCAAUACACUUUCAGAUUCAGAAUACUCUAAGAUGACGUCGAUGCAAUCUGUUAUAACGGAAUUAAGAGAGCGCCUUCAAUCGCACUCAAUGAAGUCCUACAGAGCACGCUUCCAAAAAAUGUAUGAUGUGUUCAUGUGUGCAAAUGCCCCCCUUUUUACGGGCAUAGAGCAAUUGCAACAAUUUUCACAUCUACAACAGCUACUUGGUCUGACAGCCACAGAUUCUGUUGAACUUGGUCACAUUGUGGAGCCUCCUGCUAUUAGAACUGCCACUUCUAUUCUUCCUCUUGGAUGGACUGGCCUUCCUUGUGGCCAAAGUGCCGAACCUCUGAAAGUUGAUAUAAUUGGACACGGUCUCCAUAUGUGCACUCUUUUCCAGGCUCAGAUAAACGGAAGCUGGUAUUCAACGGUCAUUGAAACCCUACCAUCUGCUAGUUCGUAUUCAUCAGAUCAACCUACACUGCAAAAAAUGAGGAUUUUAGUUGGUCAUCCGCUAAAAAACCCACCAAAUUACACUAGUGAGGACUUCAUGGUUCCUGUGGUCACAGGUGUUAAUUUGAAUCUCGAUUAUGGAUUUGAGUCCUUUUUUGAAGAUAACGGUUGCUGCAAGGGUUUGAAUGAUUUUCUUAUAUAUGGCACAAGUGAUUUUGUAACAGUAUGUAAAGAGGUCCAUGUUAGGACCAGGAGAGUGCGGUUGCUUGGACUAGAGGGCGCAGGUAAAACUUCCUUAGUAAAAGCAAUGUUAGGGCAAGUUAAAAAAAGAAACAAUGUAGUUCUUGAGUGCAUACAUGUAGACUUGCAUGGCGAGGGCGUAUCAAAUGGAUUGUGCUACUUGGAUUCGGCAACAGUGAACUUGCAGGAACUACCUCUAGAAGUUAGGCGCUUCAAAGAAGAAUUGCAGUUAGGAGUAGAUGAUCUCAGCAGAAAAAUUGACCUAAUUAUUGUUGUGCAUAACCUAGCACAUCGUAUUCCGCAGUAUUACCAGUCCAACAAUUGUAAACCCGAGCCGGCUCUUUCACUUCUCUUGGAUGAAGCCACGGCUCUUGGUGUUCCUUGGAUUCUUGCAAUAACCAACAGAUUUGCUGUCAGUGCACAUGAACAUAACACAUUAAUCAGCUCAGCUAUGGAAGCAUAUAAAGCUUCUCCUGAUAACACCAAGGUUGUCAACUCAUCCCCAUUUCUUAUGCCAAGUUCUACAAGUAGCCUAUGUCCCAUCAGUUCAAGCAGUGGCGAUUCGGAGAACAAGGAUCCUUUAGGCAGAAGUGCUUUCCAUCCAGUAAACUUCAUGCUGUCACUGUUACAGAGGAAGGACAUUGUUAUGCAUGUGGACGGUGUUACUGCUCUUCGACAACAUCUACAUCAUGUAAUUGUGAGUAAUGAAGAACCAGCUUUUGAGGAGCUUGCUCGUAAGAGAUUGUCGCUGGAGCUUGCAAGAGAAAAGGCAGUGUCUCAUCAAGCGAAGCAGAAGCCACGAAAAAGAGACGGCUCCGUGACAGCCGCUGCUGUAGGUGCAUCACUGGGUGCAGGCCUGGGGAUUGUAAUGGCUGUAAUAAUGGGAGCUGCAUCAGCCCUCCGGAAGCCGUGAUACAUCUAUGUUCCCUAUUAAUUUAAUUAACGUACAGUUCUAAUCCAUACACUUGUCACUGAAGAAUGCCUAAUAGACGGCACUAGUGUAACCAAGGGAAACAGAGAAGAUAGGGGGAUAGUGAAAAUAGCUACCAUAGCAUAGUGCUACAUCCGUGUGUAGCAUAGGAUAGAGCUAUGCUAAUCGUGGGUAGGUGUUUGUUAUCACCGUAAGGCCUCAAACAUGUUUAUUCUACGCUGCAUGUUUCUUUCUAGAGUUGGCCAGUCCAAUUUGACA